GCCCCGCUCGCCUCGGGGCCCCGCUGGUGGAAAGGGGACCUCGAGCAUGCGGAGCAGGGCUCGGCCAGGCAGCUUGCCUGCCACGAGUUCGGAGGCGACCUGAAGGAGCUGGACGGCUUCAACCACUCCGCGGCGUGCGCGAGCGCGGCCUCGAGCGCGCCCCCUUCGGCUUGCGACGCGGACUUCGUGGUGGCGGAGGGCCCCGAGGCUCUCGCCGUCGGCGCUGCGGCUGACGACGUCGACGACGGACAGGGAGAUGCCUCCGCGGUGUUCAUCUCGGCCGACGGGCUCGAGGAAGGGCCCGAGGAGGAUGUCGUGGAGGAGGUGCACGGUGACGUGCUGGAGCGGGUGGUGGGGGACGCCGCGGCCCUCGCGCCCGCUCCCCAGCUUGGUGCGGCGGCUCGUGCUCGCCUUCGCCUCGAUCGACUCCGACUUCAGGUCGUCAAGGGUGCCGCGGUGCCCAUCGACGACCGCGACCUCCGCAGACCUGGCUGGCAGGCCGCCGACGCCGCAGCUGGGGUGGAGGUGCCCCCGACGCCUGCCCAGCAGCGCGAGGGGCUCCGCUGGGUGAGACGGCUUCUCGCUGAUCCUGGGGCCUGGCACGGAGGCGCGGUCUGGGAGCCUGAGUCCAUCGAAGAGGCGGCCAGACGCAUCGACGGCGAGGGCUCGUGCCGCGCCCGCCGUGCCGCUCGCUGACCCAGCGCGCCCGCUGCCGCGGCGACACUCCUCGAGCUGGUGCGGUAGCCUCUGGGCGCAUAUCUGCUUCUCGCCCCGCGGGAGGCCGCGGAGAUCGGACGCUUGGGGAGAUGGCUGCGGGCGGCGGCCAAGCAGCCCGCGCGGCUGCUGAGCCGGCAUGCGCUGGGGGCUCCCUCUGGCCCGCGAGGCGCUCCAGGCAGGCGGCGGCUCGCGCCGCCUGCGCUGGGCGGCUGCAGGCGGCCCUGGCGCGGGUGACCGACCUCGAGGCGGAGUGCGCGCGGCUUCAGGCGGAGCUGGGCCACGCGCUGGACGCUAGCCAGGCGGUGGCUGUGGCUGCGGCGCGCGCAGCCGCGCAGGAGGCCCGCGGGUCCGCGGCCCCUGCGGCGGAUGCUGUCCAUGACGGUGGUGGUCUUCCUGGUGCUGGCUCUGGCGGCGACGUCGAGAGCUUGUGCGAGGACUCAGCGGGCCUGGACGGCAAGAGGGACCCGCUGCUCCGCGCCGCGGUCCCCGAGGUCGUCGCAAGGCUGGCGCUGGUCGCGCCCGUCAUGGCGGCGGACCUCUUCAACGAGCCUGCAGCCACCCUGGACGUCGGGCGUCGGAACGUGGUCUGCCACAACCCGACGAUCUCGGCGGCGGAGGUGCGCAGGCUAUCUCAGCGGGCGCUCAACCGCCUGCAACGCUCGGAUGCUCCGAGGGCACGGCGGGGUCGGCAUGGAGGGCAGCCUCGUCACGGUCGCAGCGCUGGUGUUCGCGGCCGUGGAGCUCUUCCUCCUGUUCGCCCUGCUGGUGCUGGGCCUCCGGUGCGGCUGCGGCCGCCUCGCGGGGCUUCCGGCGCCCUGCCCCACCGGCGCCAGCCCGCGGCUCGCUCGGCCGCCGAGGGCGUGUCGGCUUCCUGGGAGGUCGCCUGCCGCCGCGGGCGCAGCCUCCCAGCGGGCGCCCGCUUCGCUCUCGCUGAUCGUGCGCGUCUUUCGGCUGCCCCUGUGCCCGCCCCGCUCGCCUCGGGGCCCCGCUGGUGGAAAGGGGACCUCGAGCAUGCGGAGCAGGGCUCGGCCAGGCAGCUUGCCUGCCACGAGUUCGGAGGCGACCUGAAGGAGCUGGGCGGCUUCAACCACUCCGCGGCGUGCGCGAGUGCGGCCUCGAGCGCGCCCCCUUCGGCUUGCGACGCGGACUUCGUGGUGGCGGAGGGCCCCGAGGCUCUCGCCGUCGGCGCUGCGGCUGACGACGUCGACGACGGGCAGGGAGACGCCUCCGUGGUGUUCAUCUCGGCCGACGGGCUCGAGGAAGGGCCCGAGGAGGAUGUCGUGGAGGAGGUGCACGGUGACGUGCUGGAGCUGGUGGUGGGGGACGCCGCGGCCCUCGCGCCCGCUCCCCAGCUUGGUGCGGCGGUUCGUGCUCGCCUUCGCCUCGAUCGACUCCGACUUCAGGUCGUCAAGGGUGCCGCGGUGCCCAUCGACGACCGCGACCUCCGCAGACCUGGCUGGCAGGCCGCCGAUGCCGCAGCUGGGGUGGAGGUGCCCCCGACGCCUGCCCAGCAGCGCGAGGGGCUCCGCUGGGUGAGACGGCUUCUCGCUGAUCCUGGGGCCUGGCACGGAGGCGCGGUCUGGGAGCCUGAGUCCAUCGAAGAGGCGGCCAGACGCAUCGACGGCGAGGGCUCGCGCCGCGCCCGCCGUGCCGCUCGCUGACCCAGCGCGCCCGCUGCCGCGGCGACACUCCUCGAGCUGGUGCGGUAGCCUCUGGGCGCAUAUCUGCUUCUCACCUUUUGUGGGAGGCGCCGCACUGCGCACCCACGUGGCGUGGCGGGCGUGCUGCACCUUGGAGGCCGCUGUUUUGCGGAGCCUCCUGGCCGCAUUUUGCGGCUCUCGCCUUCGAGGCGGCAGGAUCGGUUCGUGCUGCACGGGCUGCCUUGUCAUUUUUUUUUUUUUUUUUUUUUUUUUUUUUUGUUUAA